AUGGAAGCCAGGGACAUCCCCUUUGGAACUGUGAUGCUUUUUCAGAUCGGCAUCGGUGUCUCGGUGAACAUCUUCCUCCUCCUGUUUUAUGCCCGUGAGGUCUCUGGCAGCCACAAGCCCAGCUCCUCUGACCUGAUCCUCGCCCACCUCGCCUUGGCCAACACCGUCAUCCUCCUCACCUAUGGAAUCCCCGAGACCAUGUCGAUUUGGGGAUGGAGAAAUUUCCUGGAUGUUUUCGGAUGUAAAAUCUGUAUGUAUGUAUACCGAGUGGGCCGGGGUCUUGCCAUCUGCACCACCUGCCUUCUGAGCGUCUUUCAAGCCGUCACCAUCAGUCCCAGCACCACCCCCUGGGCAGGAAUUAAAGCCAAGUUACCCAAGUGCAUCAUCCCCUUCUGUGUUCUUUCCUGGGUCCUCAAUCUGCUGAUAGAUUUAAGUACACCCAUCCACAUGACAAGCCCACAGAACAGCAGCCUUGUUCGAGUCGUACUGGAUCUCAAAUAUUGUUCAAAAGUCAUUGCCAGUGCAGAAAAGGGUCUGAUCAUUGCAGUUGCUCUCUCCCUGCGGGAUCUGUUCUUCGUAGUUCUCAUGAGCGCGGCCAGCGGGUACAUGGUGUUUGUCCUGCAAAGACACCACCGGCGGGUCCGGCACCUCCACGGGCCCGGACGCUCCCCCAAGACAAUGCCUGAGGUCAGGGCGGCCAAGAAAGUCAUCGCCCUGGUCACCCUCUACGUCCUCCUCUAUGGAAGACAGUCAGUCACGCUGAGCGUGAUCCUGAACAUGAAGGAAAAGUCUCCUCUCCUCAUGAACACCCACAUGGUCCUGGCAUUUACCUUCUCAGCCAUCAGUCCAUUCCUGAUGGCCCACGGUGACCGGAGAAUAGGAACAUUCUGGAAAAAAGGAUCUCCCGUCUCCAACCCGGGUGCUCCAUAG